AUGUCGUCAGCGCAUGCACAACGCGCUCGCAGGCGUGAAGAGGUUGAUCAGGCUUAUCGGCUCCAGGUUAGAGCGGGUAUGGUGGGGGCUGCACAGUAUGGUGCUUUUGGUCUUGGUCUCGCGACAAUAACCCAUCACUCUUGGCCUUUCUUCCGACGCCAGACCCUCGCAUUUAAGGGCUUUCUGGUAUCAUGCAUCACGAUCUACGGCCUUGUCACAGCUGCCGACGAAGCACUGCUGUCGCAUGAACACAAGCAACGCUUAGAGGAAACCCAUCUCCGCCGUGAAGCUCGAAUCGAUCUGGCGCGUCGCGGUAUGGUUGCUACAGAAACCGAGAUUUCGAAAUGGAAGGCUGAGAGAGAGGCCCAAGCAGGACACCCAAAGUAG